CUUGCCCUGGAAAACAUUUAUGGCUUACUCAUAACCUGUCUACUGCUACAGUAUGAGAAGAUACUAAAGUUUAUUUCAACUGCAAAAAGUGAAGGAGCAACUAUUCAGACUGGUGGCACUCGUCCUGAGCAUUUGAAGACGGGAUUUUUUAUUGAACCAACAAUCAUUACUGAUGUAACUAACUCCAUGCAAAUCUGGAGAGAGGAAGUUUUUGGACCUGUUCUAUGUGUUAAGACAUUUUCCACUGAAGAAGAAGCCAUUCAAUUGGCAAAUGAUACCCAUUAUGGGUUAGGUGCUGCUGUGAUAUCCAAAGAUCCUGAGAGGUGUGACCGAGUAAGCAAGGCAUUUCAGGCAGGUAUUGUAUGGAUUAAUUGCUCACAGCCAUGCUUCUGUCCCCCAUGGGGUGGCAACAAGCGUAGUGGCUUUGGACGAGAACUAGUGAAUGGUAUGUUUCUUAUUAUCUGGAUAACGGAUUCAACUAACAUUUUUAUCUAGAUUACUCAAGUAAAAAACAAGUAAUUUGGUUCUUUUGUCAGGGUUUCUGAAUAGAGAAUUCAUGUAAACACAAAUGAAUAUUUGA